AGGGGAUUGUGGUGGCGUCCAUUUAAUAGUAGAAGAAAAACAGCGGCGAACACGCUGGUAGCACACGGAGCUACAUCGCCGGCCUCUCGUGUGUCUCUCAUGGAUCCGGAAACCAAACUACACAAGCGAUUUAUCUGCUCGUUUCCCAACUGUCCGGCCGCUUACAACAAGCAAUGGAAGCUGGACGCGCAUCUGUGUAAGCACACCGGGGUGAGGCCGCACGCGUGCGACCAUGGCGGCUGCGCCAGCGCCUUCUCCACCGUCUACCACCUGGAGCGACACAAGCUCGUCCACAGCGGCGAUCACCCGUUCCCCUGCACCGUACCCGACUGCCACGACACCUUCACCACCAACGCCAACCGGGCUCGACACAUGGAGCGCGUCCACGUGAAGCAGAAGAAGUACGUCUGCAAGUAUGAAGGCUGCGGCGAGGAGUUCAAGAAGAACAAGCUUCUCAAGGCCCACGUGUGUGAGCGGCACGCGCAGGCGCCUGCGUACAAGUGCUCUCACCAAGGAUGUGAGAAGAGGUUCACCUUCCCCAGCAGGCUGAAGCGCCACGAGAAGGUGCAUCAGGGUUACCCAUGUACCCAGAAGCCGUGCACCUUCACGGGAAAGACUUGGACUGAGCUGCAGAGGCACAGGAAGGAACUUCACCCGCGGGAAGUGAAGUGCGACCAGUGUGACAAGACCUUCAGAGACUCCUGGUUCCUGCACCAGCACCAGAAGGUCCACUCGGACACCCGGCAGGUCUUCAAGUGUCCCAGAGACGACUGCAGCCGCUCGUAUACCACCGUCUUCAACCUCCAGAGCCACAUCAACUCCUUCCACGAGGAGCUGCGGCCCUUCUCCUGCACCCACGCGGGCUGUGGGAGGUCCUUCUCCAUGAAGAAGAGUCUCCAGCGGCACACGGUGAUCCACGACCCGGAAAGGAAGAAGAUCCCGAAGCCGCGGCGGAAGAUCGUGAAGAGAAGUCUGGCGUCCAAGUUGAGCGGAUUUAACGAAAAAAAGAAGCAGCACUUGAGAAAGGGGCAGAAGAACCCGAGCCCAGCUGGUCCGGUGGAGCUGGUGUCUCUUCUGCAGGACACGUCCUUGAUGUGCAAGGCUUCUGUGGUCACCAGUGACCUCUCCACUGCUCUCGCUGCACCUCUGGCUUUAUAAGACAUGGUUCUCCAGCGUCUUGAUACGACUGUAAUCCAAGAUAAUAAACAACUAUUUAUAUUCCAUAGAU